AUGUCGUAUCCUGUGCUUUCAAAAGCCACUGCUACUGAUUUAGACAGGGAGGCUAUGGAAUUUACGAGCUUCACGCUGCAAGAAUCAAUUAGCAUGUCAUUCUUCCUUGAUUUGAACAUCAGGUCCAACUUUGUUGAAGACAAAAUGUAUGUAACAAGGCUUCUGUCUCUGUAUAGGAAGUCCCCUGAGGCUCUUGCUCAGCCACCUCCUGAAGGUCCAAAUUCCGGCUACCUCGUAUUGCAAGAUGAAGAUUCCACAUCAACUACAUGUUUCGGGUUGUGCAACAACUCGUUUACAACAAAUCUCCCUUUUCCACAGAACAAGUCCCCCAUUAUUCAGCACAAAAGUGACAAAAAUACCACUAACUACCCUUUGUUCUUGAUACCUGUUAUUAAUCAACCCUUAUCAUCUCAUCAAUAUUAUGCCAUCAAGAAUGAAGGCAAUCAUAAAGGGGAGGCUUAUACAAGUUCGACGGAGGACAACAGGCAGACAAGCUGUUUCUGCAUCAGCAACAUCAGAGAUAAAAAAACAAAAGAACUGAAUCCUAUUGACAAAAAACAACAGUUUGAGUUUUCAUUCACUACAAAGUGUGGAAAUUCUAUGUUUCGCGUCAAAUCUGUAGCAUCUUAUUGUCAUCCUCCAACGUUCAUGAGAAAUGGAGGGUGGAGACUAUGGAAUUCAGAUCAAAAAAAUUUCACACUUGGUGUAGCUGAUGGACUAAAUUAUGCUCUACGUGCUCGUCUUCCUGACUUUAACUUCUUACCAUCAGAAGAAUGUUCCAAAGUACUAUUGGUAGGUGAAUGGUAUACUCCUUUCAUGUUUGUCAAAGAAAGGACACCAAAAGAACAGGUAAAAAGGUCUAUGUUCUAUGAGGUAAAACUCGAGCAAAUAUGGAAGAGGAUUUAUUACCACAAAAACAAUGGUACUGAAGGAAAUAUUGUGUCUUUUAAUGUUACUAUUCCUACUCAAAGAGUUAAGGUUAAUGGAAAGGAAGCCGUGGAAAUUAGUAAUGAGACUAAUGACAGGGCUAGUGCAGGGGUGCAGUGGUUUCGAGUAAUAGACAACUACAACGGUGAUGGUAGUAGAAUUGGGUUAAGUUCAUUGAUUGUAGAGCGAAUGAUGUGGGAACAAGAAAGAGUUGGAUGGUCUAAUAACACGGAAAAGCAAGCAAAUAUAGCUCGAGUAGAGGAAUAUAGAACAUAUGAUGGUACAUAUAAGAUGUUUGCUUGUUAUAUGCUAGUUGAGAGAUUUGUGUUCAAAAGAAUGGAUGGAAGCAUUGCUUUAAGUUUUGAUUUUAAUCACACACAUCAAUUGAGGAUUAAAUGGGUUGAUGUUUGGACCAUUUUUGACAAGUAA